AUGUACGGCUACCAGCCACAAGGCGAUCCGUCGCAACAACCUCCACCAGAGGACACCGGUGCCCCUCCUCCUCCCCAGGGACCCGGCGCGGCAGCCGCUGGUGGGAAGAAAACUCGAUCAUACGCUACCCAACAGUAUGAUUUCGCUCAGGGAGCAAACUCGACCCUAGGAGGAGCGGCACAUGGUGGAUAUCCUCCAGAUCAGGGUUAUGGCUUGGGAGCCGGAUACCAAGCUGGUGCUCCUGCGCCGGCUCCUUCCUAUGAUCCCGGCCCGACGUAUGGACAGACUCAACCUCAACCACAGUUUCAGCCAUUACUUCAACAGCAGCAGCAGCAGCAGCAACCACAACAGUAUGGACAGCCUGCUAUGUACGGUCAGCCGACGACCCCUGGCUAUGCGGCACCCGAUAUGGGAGGGCUUACAGGCCAAAUGGGUGGUAUGUCGUUGGGUGGACAGCCAGCAUAUGGUCAACCUGCGCAGGGAGGUCCUCCAUCGUCUUUCUUACAGACUAUCGAUUUGAUGCAGCCGUUCAAUGUUGCAGAACUCGAUCAUCCGCCACCGGCCAUAAAUCUCCCUCCAAAUUCCGCUGCGACUCCAUCUCCAAAUUCAAACUGUCCUCCAACGUACAUGCGAUCAACUAUCAACGCAGUCCCACACUCUCACAACCUCCUUAAGAAGUCUAAACUUCCUUUCGCCCUUGUCAUCCAACCAUACACAUCCCUCACCGAUGCCGAAUCUCCGGUACCACUUGUUACAGAUACUGUCAUCUCGAGAUGUCGUCGAUGCAGAUCCUACAUUAAUCCCUAUGUCAGCUUCCUUGAUCACGGUCACCGAUGGAGGUGCAAUAUGUGUAAUCUCACAAAUGACGUCCCUCAAGCUUUCGACUGGGAUCACGUGAAUCAGAAGCAGGCCGAUAGGUGGCAGCGAGCAGAGUUAAACCACGCAGUUGUUGAGUUCGUUGCGCCACAAGAGUACAUGGUGCGACCACCACAGCCACUAGUCUACUUGUUCUUGCUUGAUGUCAGUUAUGCUGCCGUUACUAGCGGUUUGCUUGCCACUGCUGCUCGAACUAUACUAGAGAGCUUGGACAGAAUCCCCAAUGAGGAUAAGAGGACGAGACUCGGGUUCAUCUGUGUUGACUCUGCAUUGCAUUACUUCUCGAUUAAUGCUGAAACCAACGAACCAGCCAUGUUGGUUGUGUCUGACCUUGAAGAGCCGUUCCUGCCAGUGCCUACUGAUCUCUUGGUAUCUCUAUCUGCCUGCAGAGAGGGAAUUGAAACCCUGCUCUCUAAGCUCCAGGAUAUGUAUUCGACAUCCACAAACUCAGCUUCGUGUAUGGGCAGCGCGUUGAAGGCCGGUCACAAGCUUAUUUCCUCGAUUGGAGGCAAGAUGGUGGUUCUGACAGCAACCCUUCCCAAUUUGGGGGCCGGUAAGCUUGAUAUGCGUGAAGAUAAGAAGUUAUUGGGCACCUCCAAAGAAUCGUCACUCCUCCAGACUGGAAAUGCCUUCUACAAGUCAUUCGCCGUUGAAUGUUCUAAGUCACAAGUUUCCGUCGACAUGUUCCUAUUCUCUUCAUCUUACCAAGACGUCGCUUCCCUCUCCAAUCUGCCCCGCUACACUGGUGGCCAGACGUACUUUUACCCCGGUUGGUCUGCAGCUCGUAGUGAGGAUGCCAUCAAGUUCGCUAAAGAGUUCAGCGAUCACCUCUCCGCCGAAAUCGCCCUCGAGGCUGUCAUGCGUGUCCGUGCAACUACUGGCCUCAGGAUGUCAACCUUCUACGGUAAUUUCUUCAACCGCAGCAGCGACCUUUGUGCUUUCCCUGCUUUCCCAAGAGAUCAGGGUUAUGUUGUUGAAGUUGCGAUUGAUGAAACUCUUACAAAGAACUUUGUUUGCUUCCAAACGGCUGUGCUCCAUACUACUUGCAAUGGCGAGCGGAGGAUUCGUGUCAUGACUCUGUCUUUGCCAACCACCGGUAGCCUGUCGGAGAUAUACGCGUCCGCAGACCCAAUUGCGAUCACCACUUUCUACUCACACCGAGCAGUCGAGAAGGCCUUGUCGAGUAGCUUGGAGUCUGCCCGUGAGGCCCUUUACACCAAACUCCAAGAACUCUUGAUCUGCUACAAGAAGGAGCUCCAAGGCACACAUUCCGGCAUGUCGGCUGGUAUUAGCUUCUGCAGCAACCUCAAGUCCCUUCCUAUUCUCUUCUUGGCUCUUAGCAAGCAUGUCGGUCUUCGAAAGUCGGCUCAGAUCCCAUCUGAUCUUCGGUCAUCUGCACUCUGCUUGCUGUCAACACUACCCGCCAAGUUGUUGAUGCAGUACAUCCACCCUAAGAUGUAUAGUCUUCACGACAUGUCCGAUGAAUGUGGCCUUCCACAUCCUGAGACUGGCGAGAUCGUACUCCCUCAACCUAUAAACUUGUCCUCAGAACGCCUCCAAUCAUAUGGCCUUUAUCUCAUCGAUGAUACACAGAACCAAUUCCUCUGGGUUGGUCGUGAUGCUAUGCCAGAACUCAUCCAGGACGUUUUUGGCCUGCCUUCUGCUGAACACGUCAAAGUCGGAAAGACGACGCUGCAGGCUGUUGAUAAUGAGUUUAACGAGAAGGUUAGGAACGUGAUUGAGAAGAGCAGAAGCCACAAGGGACAAAUGGUGGGCAGUAUCACGGUACCAAACUUUUAUGUUGUUAAAGCAGAUGGGGAGCCGAGCUUGAGGCUUUGGGCCCAAACGUUGUUGGUUGAGGAUAGAAGCGACGGAGGACCGGGAAUGGGAUUGUGGAUGACGGGACUAAGGGAAAAGGUUGGUAGCCCACCUGCUUAA